UUGAAACAUUUGUUCAACCGCCAUUUUGUUUUUCUCUUGAACCGCGUUCUCGUGCGCUCGUGUGAUAUAAAGAUUCUACGUUUAUAAUUAGAUUGAUUGUGUGUUAAUUGUUUUAUAUUUUUGUUAUUUGUUUUACUGUGAUCGCUAUGUCGGACCGCGAGAGGAGUCGCUCGAGGACCCGCAACGGAUCCCGGGAGCCGGCGCCCAAGCCUCCGGUCAUGUCCCGCGGCCACAGCAGAAGCCGGUCCCGUACGCCGCCCCCGCCAAAACCCUCCAGCCGAAAAUAUAGGAGCCCGACUCGGUCGCGCUCGGGCUCACCGCGGCGGGGCUACCGCGCGCGCUACUCGCGGACCCGGUCCCGGUCCUACUCGCCGCGGGGCUCCUACCGCCGCUCCCACAGCCACAGUCCCAUGUCGUCCCGCAGACGUCAUGCGGGUGAUCGGGUGAGACGAUUGGAGAACCCUACGCCGUCAAGAUGUCUGGGAGUAUUUGGUCUAAGUCUGUACACAACUGAGCAACAGAUUCACUCAAUCUUCUCAAAAUUUGGCCCCGUUGACAAAGUACAAGUUGUAAUUGAUGCUAAGACUGGUAGAUCGCGAGGUUUCUGCUUCGUGUACUUCGAAUCUCAGGAGGACGCGAAGGUGGCGAAGAACGAGUGCUCCGGAAUGGACAUCGACGGACGGCGCAUCAGGGUGGACUUCUCCAUCACGCAGCGAGCACACACACCCACACCCGGCAUAUACAUGGGCAAACCCACACAUGUCGGAAGAGGUGACAAUGGAUACGACAGGCGGGGUCGUGGCGGAGACAGAGACGACUACUACUACCGCGGCGGGGGCGGCGGGUACCGCGAGCGCGACUACUACCAGCGCAGCUACCGCCACCGGUCGCCGUCGCCGCACUACCGCCGCUCGCGCCGCUACGAGCGCGAGCGCUCCUACUCGCCGCGUCGAUAUUAGACGCUGCGGCCUUCAAUAGCAUAGAUUUUGAUACGACAAGUUCCAAUACGGCUCCAUUGCAUUUAUGUCGUAGCCGGGCGCGGCGCCGCGUCGCGAUACGAAGGGUCUAGAUAUAAGUCAUAGGAUGUAAAUUUAGCUUCUAAUAAAGGUUUAACACUAAGUCUAAUGUUGAUUUUGUUUGUUUUGAAAAGGUAUUGAAACAAGAAGUAAAGGAUGAAGUUCCUUGAAAACUAACUCUCUUGAAGUUUUGAAAAUAUUUGAUUGAAACAGUUCGAAACAGCGGCGGCCGAAACCCGGACCGGCCGGUGGCGGCCUCGCAAAGAAUAUGAUCGGGCGGGGGUCGUGCGAAGCGCAAGCUUGCUCAAGAUUCAAGACGAGCGUCACAGAUCAUAUUCUUUAGCCGACCUCACUGACUAGGGCGAUAUCUAUGUAUGUAUAUCACACGACGACGACACCACACGCAUACUGUAGACCUGUGAGCGAGUUGUUAAUAAAAUUAUAGUUUUGUAAUAUCA